GAAAGUGCAAAAAAUGCAACAGAGUGUCUUGCAUACUGGGGCCGAGAUGUAGAUCUGUAUAAGUUUUGGAAAUAAUACAGUGUGAUAGGUUAAAUCAAAAGCCUUCCCGAAAGUUUACAUCUGUAAUGGCUGUAAUAAAGUUGGUAAUUUUUGUGCUUACAACAGUUCUUGUGGCAGUGAUAAUGCAGAGAAUCGUUGUCGUAUGGGAUGUGUUACGAAGUACCGUGAUUGCUAUUCACGCCCCUGGUCCAUGUAUCGAACUGGAAGACGCAGAUGGUGGAUCUGGGGAUUUGUCGGUACUUCCAGAUGGAAGAGUGUUCAUCUCUAGUGGCUUUUUUCCGGGUUCUCGCGGGAAACUCCUCUUUACAGAUUUUUUAGACCCAACCCACGCCGUUAGAGAGCUUCAGAUACAGGGCAAUAUAAAUGUAUCGGAGGCACAUUUCCAUGGACUCUCAUUGUGGCUGAACAAGGAAAAGGGCACCAUGACAAUUGCUGUUGUAAAUCACCCAACAUCUGGACAGGACACCAUUGAGUUUUUCAAUUUUGACGAGAAGAAGCAAACACUUAUCCACACGAAAACUGUAAAAGACCCUCUAUUUUCAUCUUUGAAUGACAUCGUGCUUGUCCAAGAGAACCAGUUUUACGUCACGUGCUCACAGAAGUGGACCCGUUUGGAAUUAUUUUUGCACAUCAAAAUGGGAGAAGUCUUGUUUUAUGAUGGGAUCAAGGUCAAGGUCGUUGCAGGAGGACAUUUGUUUGCAAACGGCAUCAAUGUUUCUCCCGACCAGAGGUUUGUCUAUGUGGCUGAACUAUUAGAGAAAAAGAUUUCGGUAUAUGAAAGAAAAAGCGACAAUAGCAUUGAACUCAAACAGAGUAAGUAUUUGGACACAGGGGUCAGCAAUAUUGAGGUUGACCCCCACACUGGUGACCUGUGGGUGGGUGCCCACCCUAGAAUCAGCACACUAGUCAGUUAUAUGUGGAAGGAAGGGCAGGGAAUGGUUUCCCCAUCACAGGUUCUGAAGAUAAAAGCCGAGAAUGGAAUUUUGGAAGACGUCAUUGAAGUUUAUUUGGAUGACGGCGGUGAAUUAACUGCGUCUUCCGUAGCAGCAUUUUUCAAAAAUAGGCUGAUCAUCGGAAGUCUAGCCUCAAACUUGUUACUUUGUGAUGUUAAAUACUCAAAAUAAACUGUUAGCAUAAUGCGGUAGAUUAGAAACAGGGUAUGUCAUCAAAAAAUAUAUAAAUAUUUGAUCGUGCCAGUCAUGAUUUUAUGCUUAAAAUUACAUACAAAUAUUUUGUGAAUAUUUAAGAUUUAUGCCUAUAUUUCCGUAUUUUAUUAAAACAAUUUACAAUAAAAACAAAAUGCUUGAGUACCUUAAAGAAAAAACGGUAUUAUAUGUGGUAUUGGAGUUAUCGCCCUUAAAUUUAGAAAACUGCAAAAUAUUUUUUUGUAAUUAUCCUAAGAAAAUGCGUCAA